AUGGCCGGGGGCAAACAUGAGCGAUCGGCAAGCACACCACUGCCACAACUCCGCCUGGUGGGAGUCGAAAGUGAGAGUGAGAAACAUUCGCCAUCGACUCUGAAACCACCUCCAACAGCUCAAAGACCAGGUUCCUUCAGACAGUGGAGCUCCGACAGAUUCCGCAGGAACAUGUUUGAACACUAUGAGCACAUCCACCACCUGCAUUUCAAGGAGAGGAUACGGCACUUCACCUUCACCUGGUUUACAAUGACCAUGGCUACUGGUGGCGUGGCUAACGUCCUCUACCAGGUGCCAUAUCGUUUCCCAGGGCUGUAUUAUAUCGGCCUUGUCUUCUUUCUCUUCAACAUCGCCCUCUUCAUCUUUAAUGUCACCAUGAUAUCUCUCCGCUUCCAUUAUCAUCCUUCAACAUUUCUACAGUCGAUCCUGCAUCCGACUGAGAGUCUGUUCAUUCCCGCAAGCAUCAUCAGCAUAGGGACAAUCCUGCUGAACAUAUCACAGUAUGGACUUGCUCCUGGCAGAGCCGGGGAAUGGCUUCUUUCGACGAUGACUGUUCUGUUCUGGGUGUACUGCGGAUUGGCAGUUAUCUUUAGUUGUGGCAUCUACCUUGUCAUGUGGUCCACCCAAACAUUCACAAUCGCUCAAAUGACUCCUGUAUGGAUCUUUCCAUCCUAUCCACUGCUCGUUAUUGGUCCUCACGCGGGAGCUCUAGCAGGGAAUCUCUUACACCGUCCGGACAAGGCUCUCGAAAUUGUAAUCGGAGGCUUCGUUUUCCAAGGAAUCGGCUUCAUGCUCAGUUUCAUGAUCUAUGCCGCCUUCAUCUAUAGGCUCAUGACGGAGAAGCUUCCACAAGAGAGCCUUCGUCCCGGCAUGUUCGUGAGUGUGGGUCCUUCUGGAUUUACCAUAUCCGGGAUCGUAUCAAUGGGCAGCAUCCUUCCGGAUAUUGUCUCUCCAACAUUCAUGGGCAAUGGCGAGCUAGCAGGUCAAGUAAGCAAGAUCGUCAGCAUAUGGGUUGGACUGUGGCUUUGGGGACUCGCAUUCUGGUUCUUCUUGGUCUCCGUUGGUGCACACUGGUCUUGUCUGGGCAAAGGGAGAAUGCCCUUUGCAAUGACAUUCUACUCAUACGUCUUCCCCAACACGGCCUUGACAGCGGCAACAUUUGCCAUCGCAAAGGCUCUCGAUAAUCGGCCCAUCAAGAUUCUCGGAUGCGUUAUGACCAUACUCUUGAUCAUCGCCUGGUGUGCAAUAUUCACUAUGAUGAUCCGGGCUGUGGUUCUCAAGGACAUACUUUGGCCACAGAAGCAAGAGGAUCGCGAAGAGGGUGGCUGGCGUAAGGAGUCUUCUGAGCGAUUGGUAUGCGACCUAAGGCGGUGUAAUACCCACGAAGGCAUGCACGUCAGGCUCAGAAGAUCCACUUCUCAUGAUCCCGGCAAUGGGGUUCUUGUGCCUGGGAUUGAGAGUGUUGUCGGAUUGAGAACUUCUGGAUGCAGCGCGGAGCAUGAGGGUAGCAUAUCCGUCCCGGAGCUGGUGCGAAGCCCCGUUGAACAUUCGCCCAGCAAUCUUGUGUGA